AUGAGAAGCAAAGCUUUCUUCUCCUUCCUGACGAUGUACCCCCGCUCUCCCUCGCCGCAACGGGAGAAGGAGCCGGAAGCGGAGGCUCCAGCUCAGAUGACAAAGGAAGAGCAGAAGCGCAAUGACCGCUUCCAAGACAACAUCAAGAAGGCGGUGAAGACGGAAGCCAAGGAGCUGAAGAAGAUAGAGAAAGAGAAAAGCAAGGAGACGAAGGGCAUAGAGACGGAGGAGAAGGACGAGAAGAAAGAGAAGAAGGACAAAAAAGACAAGGGGAAGAAGGAUAAGAAAGGGGGCAAGGAGGAGGCAGAGGAGUCAGACGAAAAGCCGGACAAGAAGUCCAAGAAACAGAAGAAGGAGGAAGCCGAAAAGAAAGAGGAAGAGGAGGAAGACCGCAAGCAGCAGCACAAAGAUAAAAAGGUCAAAGAGAAGGAGAAGGAAAAGGAGAAAGCCAAGGGAAAAGACAAGAAGGAGAAGAAAAAGAAGAAGAAAGAGUCUUCGUCAUCGUCUUCACCUUCUAGCGAGGAGGAUGGUGAUAGCAGCUCCGGAGAAACUGUCAUGGAGGAGCAGGUAGAGUGGGUGGAAAUUCGUCCCAGCACUGCUGGCGAUUCCAAGUAUGCUGCAGGCUACAACUACGACUCCGAGGAUGAAGGCUUCGGGCCCAUGCCAGCGACACAGCAGGAGCUCCUCAACAACAUGUCUCAGAGCAAGGGCUCCUACGGAGGCUACCUGCUCCCGGGAGAGGGAGAUGCCAUGGCCGAGUGCGGCCUCCGGACGUACGUGAAGAGCGGCAUGCGAAUCCCUCGUCGAGGAGAGGUGGGCAUCACAGCCGACCAGAUUGAGAACCUCGAAGACCUGGGUUAUGUCAUGAGCGGAUCCAGGCACCGGCGAAUGAAUGCCGUGCGUAUCCGAAAGGAGAACCAGGUUUACUCUGCCGAGGAGAAGCGCGCGCUUGCCAUGUACAAUUUCGAGGAGAAGGCAAACCGGGAGUCGACGCUGGUCGGCGAGUUGCGGGAGCUUCUGGAGAAGCGCCAGAAGGCGAUUGCCUCUGCUGUCGGGGAUGGCCUGACUCUGGACCAAAAGUUCAGCUCAACAGGUGAGCAGAAGAAGUUCAUUUGUCUGCACAUCAACGUCUUGGUGUGCGAGAGUUUCACGGAGACCUGCCCGACAACCCCCUACGAGAGCCGCGAAAAGAAAGGAUCCUCUGAAACAGGAUGCUCCGCUCAAGACUCCGUGUCGAUGACGGGUCGAAUGGCGCAGAGGUCGAGGCCUCAGCGCCCUCUGCAAGCGUCCAGGUCUCCUCGUGAGGUGCGAGGACCUCUAGAUCAAACGCUCGCUCGAGCGAUGGCCGGCGACGUGCACGAGAAUGUUUUCAGCGAAGAACAGCUCUUCACCCCAGACGUCCGGGGCGAAGACGAGGACUAUCCUGGUGAUCGUAGGAUCGUGCCGCCCGAGUGGUCCUCGGCCAUUGCACUCGCGAAAUCUGCUGCAAAACCGCGAGAGGUGCGUCCCGCUGGUGACGAAGCACCGGCAGCAUCUGCCGCGGGCCGUCGGCGGAAGAGAGCCGCAGAUCGAGCAAAGAAGAUCCUCGUAUGGCUCGAGAGCAAGUACGAGAUCCUGCCAGAGGUCUGUGCAGAGUUUGAGAACUGGAAAGAAGCUUCUUCUGCGAAUGCCGACUUCGACCUUUUCUGGUGUGAUUGCGCCGUCCCAGCAGACAGGUUCAUGAAGCUCAAGACAUACCAGAAGAUGAAUCACUUCGUGGGGAUGAGCUCCAUCACCCGCAAAAACAAUCUGGGUCGCAACUUGCUGCGGAUGCGAAAGCAGUUUCCGAAGGAAUACCGAUUCUUCCCAGACACGUGGAUCUUGCCGACCGAUAUGUCAGACUUCAAGCAACAGUUUGCAGCCGCGAAGAAGCAGACCUUCAUUAUCAAGCCGGACAAUGGAGCUGAGGCAAAGGCAGGCAAAGAUGUUCACGGGAAGAAGCCUACGGGCAAAGGCAUCUUCUUGAUCCGCGACGUCGAGAAGGUUCCGGUUGACUUUUCCUCUACAUACGUCGCGCAAAGGUAUAUCAGCAAGCCGCUGUUGCUGGAUGGCUACAAAUUUGAUCUUCGGCUCUAUGUUCUGGUGAGUGGCUGUGAUCCGCUGCGGAUUUUUCUGCACAGGCGAGGGCUUGUGCGGCUGGCAUCAGAGCAGUAUGUGGAGCCUACGAAGAACAACUUGUCGGAAGUCAUGGUGCACCUCACCAACUAUGCGAUCAACAAGAGCAAUCCCAAUUUCGAGGAAAACACGAAUCCUGAUGAUGCCCAAGAUGGUCACAAAAGAAGUUGGGAGGCUGUGCAAGAGCACCUCCGGCAAGAGGGACACGAUGUUGAGACCCUCCUUGCAGAGAUCGAGGACCUGAUCGUCAAGACGCUUAUUGCUGUUCAACCUAGUCUGUCGCACUUCUAUCACAGCUGCCAGCCAGACGACGUGUACAACGGCAUGUGCUUUGAGAUCUUGGGCUUCGAUGUGAUGCUGGACCAGAAGCUCCAGCCCUGGCUCUUGGAGGUGAACCAUGCACCUUCUUUCGCCACGGAGUCGGAGCUCGACAGACUGGUGAAAGAGGAGGUCUUGCGAGACAGUUUCAACUUGCUGGACUUGAAUCCGGAAUCUCGCCGACAAAAGAAGAGGGAGGCAAGAGAGAAAAUGGAGCAGCGAGCCAUGGGAAUGGCAAAGAAGUACUGUAUUGAGGAUCGCGUGACACAGGAGCGCGAGUUCGCAGUGCUCCGCACGGAGUGGGAAGAUCAGCAGCUGCAGAGCUGCGAGAGUGGGUACAAGAGACUCUAUCCAUCUCCCGACAAAGAGAAGGAGUACUGGCAGGUGCACGAUGCUGCCAUCAACAUCUGGGAGAUGCUGAUGGGUGGCACCUUCCGUCGCGCGGUGCGACUGUCCGACCCCGUCGAGAAGCCGUCGAUUGAAGACAGGGCUGACAGCAAGGCUCGUGCAGGCUCUGCAAAGACAGGAAACGAGAAAGAAGAACCUCCAAAGCCGGAGGCGAAGCGCACAGCCGAGGAGAUCCGUGAGGUGGUGGAGCGCCUGGCGCAGGGCUGCAGUGCCCGGCCGCGGCGCAAUGCCUCAAGACGCCGCUCUGGGAAGGAGGAGGAGAAGGGAGAAGAGACCGCUUCCACAGGAGCGCCUCCAGCUCCCGAAGAGCCGCCCGAGAAGACCGCACAGCCGGAGAAGAGGAACCACACCAACAGGUACGUGGACGUGCAGGUGGGAGAUAUUAUCAAGGUGCAGACCAACUUGGGCUGGGAGACGGUGACAGUGAGGGCCAAGCGCCCCGGCACUGGAAAGAUCGAUAUCCAGUUCAAGGAUGGAGAGUAUAUGCGGGCUGUCAUGCCCCGCAUUCUGCGCAACGGCGAGGGUCAGCCAGUGAAAGAGGCUGCUAUGCCAGAGGGCCAGACCUCGCCCACCUUGCCGGCAGCCAACGGCCGCAUCGCGCGUCUUGGAGGCAGCUCUGCACCGACGGCUCCGGUACCGACAUCACAAACCGGAGCAGUGCCUCAGAAGCUAGCAGGAUACACCCGAGGUGGCAGCAGUCCUGCCGGCAACUCCAGAGGACAUCCCUUGCCUGCCGCUGCCAGUGAUGAAUUCACCUCCGAGUCGGCUGUGGUCGCAGCCCAGGAUGCCCUGGUUGGCGUCCUUUUGGAAGGUUGCGGUGUUACCGAGAUGAAGGAUGGAGGGGAAGCCGUCGUUGGCUAUUCUGCGCCAGCAGGUGACGGGCUGCCCAGCCCUUCGGCCAGCAUCGUGAGUGCAGGCCGUGGCGGGCGCUCGGUGCCCCUUGGAAACCGGGCUCCGGCAGUCCGGCUGAAGCAGCACUUGCAGCAGCUGAUCUCAGCGCGACCGAUCAUCGCUCCAAAGGUGGGCCGAAGUGGCUCGAUCCCACGAAGCCAGCAGACCGCUCCGGAACCCUUGCUCGGCCAUGGCCUCAUCGGAUCGGCUCUGACUCCCAAGGAGAGCAAGGCAGCCAGGAGACGUUCAUCAGACACAUAG